AUGCCGCCCAAGAGCAACAAGCCAUCCGCUGGCAAGACCGGCCGCAGCGCUAUCGAAGACGUCGUCGCCCGCGAAUACACCAUCCACCUGCACAAGAGAGUACGUUCAGUUUGAUGAAGUCCAAGCAAUGGUCUGGUAGAGAUACCGGAUAUCGGGCGGAAGACUGAAUACAAAAGAAUACAAUAUCUGACAUAUACGAUGGGUAUAGGUUCAUGGCGCAACCUUCAAGAAGAGGGCUCCCCGUGCCAUCAAGGAGAUCCGCGCAUUCGCUGAGAAGGCUAUGGUAAGACAUUACGAAACUGAAGACACUCGAUGAACCAAUGCUAACGUACCGUGUGCUUCAGGGCACCUCUGAUGUCCGCCUCGACCCUCAGUUGAACAAGAAGGUCUGGGAGUCCGGUGUCAAGGGCGUCCCAUUCCGUCUGCGCGUCCGCAUCUCCCGUAAGCGUAACGAUGAGGAGGGUGCCAAGGAGAAGCUCUACUCUUACGUCCAGGCCGUCAACGUCAAGAACCCCAAGGGUCUGCAGACCGCCGUCGUCGAGGACACCGCAUAA